CUGGAUUUUCUUCUUUGUUGACAAGUAUAUAAUGGGUCUGUACAGUUAGCUAGUACAAGUCUUUGUUUGUCACCACGUCAAAAUGUCUUGUUUGUAUUGGAGUCACGUUGAAUCUUAAUAUUUGUGCUAAAAUUAGAGUAAUUACAGUAAUAGGAGUUUUUGAAAGUUUUCAAGACUUUUUUUUCCUCCAACUUUUUUUUUCUUUUUUUCUGAAGACCAAAGAGGCCCAUCAGGGGGAAAAGUCCUCACCGGGUUUUCAUACAGCCUAGGAAAGGUCUACUUUUAACGUGGCAGCCAUGGUGUUGAUUCUGGGCAGACGAAUGAACAGAGAGGACUCUGGGAUCAGAGAUUCUCCCGCUGUCAAGCGCAAGGUGUUUGAAGUUGAUUCCAAAAGUUUAUCCAGUCAGGAUGUACUGGACUUCUGCUCUGGGGCAUCCCACUCUGAGGGCAUCCUGCAGGUGUUCAAUGAGUUCCGUGAUUGCCGCCUGUUCACAGAUGUGGUCAUCAGUGUUCAGGGCCGUGAAUUUCCCUGUCAUCGCGCUGUCCUGUCUGCUUGCUCCUCCUAUUUCAGAGCUAUGUUCUGCAAUGACCACCGUGAGAGCCGCGAGAUGCUGGUGGAGAUUAAUGGCAUCCUGGCUGAAGCCAUGGAUUCAUUUCUGACCUACGUAUACACAGGGCGCGCCAAGAUCACAACUGAGAAUGUGCAGUUCCUCUUUGAGACCUCCAGCCUCUUCCAAAUCUAUACUCUACGUGAUGCUUGCGCCAAGUUCCUUGAAGACCAACUGGACCCGUGCAACUGUCUGGGCAUACAGCGUUUUGCAGAAGCCCACUCCUUGAAACAGCUUGCCAGCCGCUGCCGCAUCUAUGCCCUAGCCAAUUUUUCCGAGGUGGCUCAGCAUGAGGAGUUUCUAGAUCUACACAAAGAAGAGUUGGAGGAGUACAUUGCCAGUGAUGAGCUGUCCAUUGGGAAGGAGGAGGUUGUGUUUGAGGCAGUGAUGCGCUGGGUCUACCACUGUGCGGAAAACAGGAGGCCCAUGCUCAAGGACCUGCUACAUCAUGUGCGCCUGCCACUUCUGCACCCAAACUACUUUGUCCAGACAGUGGAGGGAGACCAGAUCAUUCAGAAUGCCCCAGAGUGCUACCAGCUUCUCCAUGAAGCCAGGCGCUACCAUGUGCUUGGAAAUGAGAUGAUGUCACCAAGGACCCGCCCACGCAGGUCGACUGGGUUCUCUGAGGUGAUAGUUGUGGUUGGAGGCUGUGAGAGGGUGGGAGGCUUCAAUCUGCCCUACACUGAGUGCUUUGAUCCGGUCACAGGAGAGUGGAAGUCACUGGCCAAACUGCCAGAGUUCACCAAGUCUGAGUACGCAGUCUGUGCUCUGCGCAAUGACAUUCUGGUGUCAGGUGGGCGCAUAAACAGCAGAGAUGUGUGGAUGUACAACUCACAGCUCAACCUUUGGAUCCGAGUGGCUUCACUAAACAAAGGUCGCUGGAGACACAAGAUGGGGGUUCUCCUGGGCAAGGUGUAUGCUGUGGGGGGCUAUGACGGCCAGAGCCGCCUAAGCAGUGUGGAGUGCUAUGACUCGUUCUCCAACCGCUGGACUGAAGUGGCUCCCAUGAAGGAGGCCGUCAGCUCUCCAGCUGUGGCCAGCUGUGCAGGGAAGCUCUACGUGAUCGGAGGAGGGCCUGAUGACAACACCUGCUCAGAUAAGGUCCAAUGCUAUGAUCCGGAGUCUAACACAUGGCUGCUACGAGCUAACAUUCCAAUCGCCAAGCGCUGCAUCUCAGCAGUCUCUUUGAACAACGUCAUCUACGUGUCUGGGGGCUUGACCAAGUCCAUUUUCUGCUAUGAUCCUAAAGAGGAUUACUGGAUGCAUGUAGUUCACACCUUCAACAAACUGGAGAGCUGUGGCAUGUCUGUGUGUAAUGGCAAGAUCUUUAUCCUCGGAGGCAGGGAGGAAAAUGGUGAAGCAACAGACACCAUUUUGUGCUAUGACCCUUCAACAGGUAUCAUCACAGGAGUGGCAGCCAUGCCCCGGCCCAUCUCGUACCAUGGCUGUGUAACCAUACACCGGUACAAUGAGAAGUACCACAAGCCAUAGCUGAAGAUCAGACCUAAACAAGCACAUGCUCUCACUCAAAAGCACACACUAACCAGAACCACUGGGAUCAUAUGCGUUCAUACAGCAUCAUGUAGCAGUACUGAAAGAUGUGCUGUAGAAUCGUACUCUUUUAUCCUCAGUGGUUCAGGACAAUAAUCUUACUAACUUAUGACUUUGGAUGUGUAACUGCACAAGAUUGAUAAGUAACAAACAACUGAUAAAACAACUGGUAACACUUUAUGAUAACUAAACUUGAACAAAUACUUUAUUAAGUAUGAUUCAGGCUAAGCAAUUACUUAAGCACACUGUAUGUAGCCUGUGCUCUUGCUGUUUUAAUCACAACUGAACCCACAUCUCUAGUGCCUUAACCUCCAUACAGAGAACAUAUACGUAAGAGAUAGUUUUCCUCAUUCUUAGCAAACAGAAAGGCCAUGUAAAGAACCUCCAGAAUUCACUCACUGAGCUGCAGAAGCUGCACUAGCACUGAUUAAUGAUUGGCUGCAGCAACCUGAAUGAGAGACUUAUGUGUUUGAGCAUGUUUAUGUCAUAUUUGGGAACCUUUUGGUCAUAUUCAAAAUCUAAAACUUUUAUACUAUCCCUUUAAGACCCUGAGUCCUAAACCUAAUCCAUUAAUUAAGUAGUGACUAAGCUUGAAUCAUUCUUAAUAAACUAUUUGUUCAUUAUGAAUUCAGUCUUUGUUCAUGCUCUCUUAAGGCUUAUUAAAGUGUAGUUGUUAUAAAGUGGUUCCCAAAAAACAAUAAUUACUGUAAAUGACUGUGAUCAGGUAUUCUAACAAAAUAUAUCCUAUCAUUAGGCAGUAGAACAACCAUAACCCGUUAAAAUAAAGUUACUGGAUUACAUCGGAUUGGGUUUAUGUCAUCAAAUUUUGAAAAUCAACUCAUAAUGACCAAAGCUUGUGGUAGGCAGUCUGUAAAUUAAAAUCAGUUCUACUAUCUGUGUCAUCCCGUUACACUUCCCAUACAGUUUGACAUUGACUGUUUAUGCUGUAUCUCCGAUGAUUUUUAUUUUUUAUACGUUAUCAUUAUUGGUAUUAUAACAUGUUUUCUCUUUCAUUUUUAAGUUAUAUUUUGUAUAAUUGAAUGUUUUUGUAUUUUAACUGAAAGUAGAAUUAGUAAGUAUGCCUGUUUUAUAUAUCAGUGUAAUUGUGUUGGUGUAUGGUAUUGCGGGUUGUUUGGUAGUUCAUAGGCCGUGGCAGAUCAAAACCCAAAGACUGCUCUGAAAAAUGUGUGUACAUGUUUGAAUUGAUUUGGUGGAUGUUUGUGACUUUUGUGACUUGUUGGAGUGGAUGAGUUUGGUUAUAGCCGUGGCAUGACUGCACUGUUAACAGCAUGGUGAUAUACGUAGCUGUAAACAGUUUCCUCUGAUGCUGGCACCGGUCAUCCUUAAAGAUGUAACCCGGGGCAACCGCUGAUACCUCCAGUUGUACAUGUUGGAUUGCAUGUUUACUUGUCAGCUAACAGUGAUGUGAUUUAUACCUCACUCCAGAUGCAAACAACAACUCAACUGAAAGGCUUUAUAGAUGGCUCAUGGUCAGUAAAAGUCACCUUUUUGCGGUGUUGCUAGAUUAGAGAUAUUGCUGUGAACAUAUAUGAUUAUGAUUUUUUUUUUUUUUACAUUGCCUAUACUUAAAGUGUACUUCCUUUUUAAUAUUUGUGUCUUUCUGUGAGAGCCCCAGUUGUGCACUUUGACACAAUCAUGUUAAAUGUUUAAUAGUGUGGCAGUUAUUUAAUUUUCUUUGUAUUGUGUUUUACUGUAUCAGUAA